GCCUCCUAUUGAUGAUUUGGCUCACGGGUCUGAGCCAGGUAGUGAUUAUGGGUCGGGUUCAGGCUCCGGCUCAAGCCCGUUUGGGCAUGCGGAGUUGCGGAAUGUGGUUUCCAGGAGUGGGGCUGACGACAUGCCAAUGAGGAGGAGGUAUUAUGAGUCACCCCAGUCGAUAUUGGAGCUUAGAGCCAUUGCUUGUGUGGAAGCUCAAUUGGGAGAGCCAUUGAGGGAAGAUGGGCCAGUCCUCGGUGUAGAGUUCGAUCGGUUGCCACCAGAUGCGUUUGGAGCACCUAUAGUUGCAGAGCAGCAGAAGCGGGCUGCCCAUGCUUUGGAGGGCAAAUAUGAGCGGCAUGAUGCAAAACCAAAUAAA